GCGUCUGUAGCGUCUGACAGGUUGCGGGCGGGCCAGUCAAUAACGGCGCCUCUCCCUUAUAAUCUUAUCUCUUCACAAAACUAACCUGAAAUGAUUAUGAAGAUAUGAACUCCCCGAGUUAUCAACACUGGGGUAAAACAAACAAAAACUACUCGAUUAUCAGCAUUAAUCUCCCCGUUGACUGGAAUAAUUGAUGCUGUGUGGUCCCUGGUGUGAGAGAUUUCCAGAACAGUCAUCAAGAUGGAGGUACUGCAAGAGAAAUUCCACAAUAUACAAGACUUUUAUAAGUGGAGUUUAUCCAUUUCUGAUGACCGUGUGAAGGAUUGGCCUCUCAUGUCUUCUCCACUUCCCACGUUGGGUUUCAUGACAGCCUACCUCACCAUGGUGAAGAUUGGACCUAAAAUAAUGGCAUCAAGGCCAGCAUUGCAACUGAGAAUCCCGCUUAUUAUUUACAACCUGGCUGUUAUGUUACUGAAUCUUUAUAUUGGUGUUGAGCUGGCAGUGGUGUCUGUGAGGCUGCAGUACAGUUGGUUCUGUCAGCCAGUUGACUAUUCCACAAAUCCUGAUGAGAUGAGGAUAGCAGCAGCACUUUGGUGGUAUUACUUCUCCAAACUGGUUGAGUUUACCGAUACACUAUUCUUCAUCCUGCGUAAGAAGACAAAUCAACUUACCUUCCUUCACAUCUAUCAUCAUUCCACCAUGUUCUGUCUAUGGUGGAUUGGUAUCAAAUGGGUAGCUGGGGGUUCCUCUUUCUUGGCCGCCAUGAUGAACAGCUUUGUGCAUGUAAUCAUGUAUGCCUACUAUGGCCUUUCAGCAUUUGGUCCAUCCUUGCAGAAGUACUUAUGGUGGAAGAAACACAUCACUUGUAUUCAACUGAUUCAGUUUGCUAGUGCAGGAGUGCUAGGUGCCCGAGCAAUUGUUGUUGGAUGUGACUUCCCCCUGUGGAUGCAGUAUGCCUUAGUGGUGUACAUGUCUAGUUUCAUUGUGCUGUUUGGCCAGUUUUAUGUGCAAGCCUACAGACUUAAGCAGAAGAAGCUGAAGAAUAGCAGGAAUGGAACAGUGCGUCAUCAUGGUGAGACCAAUGGAGUAGUUGCUAACGGUGUUGCAUCCAAGCGUUUUAAUGCGAAUGGAAUAUCUAGUCAAGAUGGCCAGGUUGACAAAAAUACCUCUGGAAAGAAAACUGACAAGAUUAAUGGGGAACCCAAGUCACAACACAGUAAUGUGCGCACACGGGCUCAAGCACGCCGUGAGGGCCGUUCUCGUCAGGAUUCAUAAUUUAUGUGUAGGUGAUUUGAUACUUAUAAGAAGGUACAGGCCAUAAUGACAUAUUUUUAUGUCAACUGACUAUAAAAUUGUCAAUCUGGAGAUGUUUGCAUACAGUUAUACAGUAGUUAUUUUUGGGAUGAAUGAUAUUCUGUACUGUACUUAAAAAGAGUCUGCAUGUAAAUAUGCUGAAGGAAUAUACAGUACAGUAGUUAUGAUUCAGGAGUGAUAAUUUGUUUUUUAGAAUAUUAUAUAAAAACCAUUUUAGAAUGUUCAUUUUAAUUAAUAGGAGGUAAAAAUUGCAAGUCAUUUUAUAUGAUAAACUUAAAUUCCUGGCUUUCUUUAUUAUUCAUUGUCUUCCUUCAGCAAAUUUUGCAGAUGUCAUCCUUUGUUUUUUCAAGUCAUAUCUUUGGUAUUAUGGUGUGUGCUAAAAGUCCAAUUAGAUUGACAGUGAAUUGUAAUGAUAGAUAUUCAUCAGUUUAAGUUGUAGAACAAAUCCUUAGUAUUUCAGGCUUAUGAAAGUUGAAUGUAAUUCAAAAAGUUUAGUAUACUGUACUGUAUACUGUUUCCAGUAACUAGGGUUCUUCAUGAUGGUGAAAUCUUGUGUGUCCUGGGGUAACAAGGGAGUGCUUAAGUUGAUUAGCACCUCAUGAUGUAGGGCCAUAAGUGAAAAUACUUCCAAAGAGUGCUUAUACAAAGUUGAGCUUCUGUUCUGAGAAAAUGUAAUGUUCACCUUUGGAAAUUAAAAAAAAAAAUCUGGAAAUACAUACAGUAUCUCGGUAAUCUUAUUUUUUAAAUAAAAUGUUUGGUCAUAUAAACUUUUUUUUACAGUACCGUAUAUCUCGGCCU